GUACCUGCUUCCAUCUCCACUCAAUUGUUUUAAAGAGUUCCGCCAAUUUCCGUGUCGGAAAUUCAAAGAGGAAGGAAGAUCCAUUGAUCUCCCAGAUCUGUGUUGCAGCUGAUGUACUCUACUUGCUGGAAAUCCAUCUCUGGAUGUCUAAAAGUGUGGAACUUCGUGAAGCGCUGCCAGGAAACUUCUGAUCAAGCAUCUGCUUAGAGUGUCAUCACUCAAAAUGGGUUUUGGCUGACUUGACAACGAUGAUUCCCCUCUGCUUAGAAAGAUAGGCGUAUGAUACGGUAAAGGCCUCUGGAGAAAACAAUGAAAAGCCAGCUGGGAGGAGGCUGGGAUUGGGGCAAGGAAUAGAAGCUACUGGAGGAUCAUUCCAGCUUGCAUAUGGUGGACAAUCUGGAAAGAAAGGAACUCCAAAUGUUUUGAGAAUGGAAGUAGCACUCUACAGAAGAUCAAGCAAGACUGUAUGUUGUUAUUUUGUUUUUGGUGUACAAAGAAUCCCUCUGUAGAUGCAGAAUCAAUCCUAGAAGUUCUUGACUCAUGGACCCUGUAAACAGGUGUUGGGGAAACUCAGUUUCAUGUAAUGUUAUCCACUGGCAUUUCACUGAUUGGACCUACAUACAAAGCUGUAUAUGUUAAGGCAAUACCUGAUAGGUAUUCUACUCGGCUCAUGGGGACAACAGAAGCAAUUGACUUGAAUCUGGCUGGUCAGACUAUUUUAGAUCAGAUUUAUGAUGAGCUGGGAGAUCAUACCCAUUCUCAAACUCUCUAUGUUAGAGUUACAAAGAUAAGGAAAUGCACUUUUCGGCAUGAAAAAGAAGGCUGGAUAAAUGUGCAUGAAUUCCAUGAGGUUUUAAGAGGUGAUUACAAGUAUCUCUAUGUCCAUGGUGAUGGUAUCAGAAGUUACGACUCCUUCCGGUUUUACCAUGCAAAUUCUGAUUCGGCGCGUGCUUCUUGCAACAAUGUUUCGAACAACAUGAGAUGUCUGAAGCAGGAUCUAAACCAGCUAACUGAUGAUAAUACUAAUAGCAAUGGCAUAGAUAUGCAUAAGAAGUCUGUUUUUGGUGGUAUGAUGUUCGCUUGCUAUGGUCGUGGCAAGUUAUUUUUCGGUAAUGUAGAUGCCUCUCCUUUCUUGGAGAACUUCCCUGGGGUUACCUUCUCAGGAACCUAUUGUAACGGAGAAAUUGCAAAUGGAGAUUUAAGCUCAUACGAAAAGGGGUCUAAAGAACACAGCUCUAUACGUUGCAGUCUGCACGAAAAUAGCACUGUCUACCUGGUUGUGUCAUACACUCCUGCAUUGCGACCGCAUUAGAGAUGUAGCUGGUAUUACCUUUGACAAUCCGGUGGGUAAUGGCCAAAGAUUUUUGGUGGUUUGAAUAGGCUACUGUUCCGUACUUUUUAGUUUUGGAAUUUGGUGGAAUCUGGCUAAUAUUGUAGCUUAGCAGAGGGCCAAUCUCGUGUAGAUAUUUCAAAAGCCAUUCUGGACUAAUUUACUACUAUCUUGUUGCUGUUUCUCAGUUGUAGCACGUUUGUGCUGUAAGUGAUAUGCCUGCAAGAAUUGUACUAUUUUUCGUUUCUUUAAAUUCGGAAAAGGGUAAAAUAUGCCUUAA